CAAUGAGAUGCGCGCACGGUGAAGGUUUUGACACAUGAAGACGCUGCUGUGAUCUGCGAAGAUGCCGCUGCAGAGAGUGCUCGCGCUGCCCAGACAACACUCCCUGCACCUUCCGGCCGUCCUUAAUCCAUUCGUACACCAACUUAAACUAACCAGAGCCGAGACGAUCAAAUGUUUUCUUUUGGGAAUCAUCCUUGUGCCAAUCCGUUCUAUUUUCUUGCUUCUUGUCCUGAUGGUCAUGUGGCUGGUCUCUGUCAUGAUAACAUUCAGACAGUCUCUGAAAGGAGUCGUGGAGCCAAUGACAGGCUGGAGAAGGUUUCUGCGUCAGAGAGUGAUGACCUUUCUGGCCCGGAUUUAUUUCUUCGGGAUGGGCUUCAGGGUGAUAGUGAAGGGCAGGCAGGCCAGCAGUGCGGAGGCUCCGAUUCUGGCGGUGGCCCCUCAUUCUUCAUUCUUUGAUGCCAUUGUUUGUGUUGAAGCUGGUCUGCCCUCUACCGUAUCCCGCUCGGAGUCAUUGGAAGCACCAAUCUUUGGCAGGUUUUUGAGCUGUGUGCAGCCGGUGCUUGUUUCCCGCAUUGAUCCAGACUCUCGUAAAAACACCAUUCUUGAAAUAGACAGAAGAGCAAAGUCAGGUGGCCACUGGCAACAGGUCCUCCUUUUUCCUGAAGGAACGUGUACAAACAGGUCAUGUCUUAUUACCUUCAAACAAGGUGCCUUUGUCCCAGGGGUGUCGGUACAGCCUGUUCUUAUCAGAUACCCAAAUAAACUGGACACCGUCACAUGGACAUGGCAGGGCCCAAAAGUGGCCAAACUACUGCUGUUAACACUCUGUCAGCUCUAUACAACUGUGGAGAUUGAGUUUCUGCCUCCUAGGAUUCCUAAUGAGACAGAGGAAAAGUUUCCUGCAAAGUUUGCUCAGUCAGUAAGAGCUGUCAUGGCAGAGGCUCUGGGUUUGUCAGUCACAGAUCACACUUAUGAAGAUUGCCGUCUGAUGAUUGCAGCUGGAGAACUGACACUCCCUAUGGAAGCAGGACUCGUGGAGUUUACCAAGAUCAGCAGAAAACUGGAACUGAAAUGGGACAAUGUGAAAAAGGAGUUGGAGAGUUUUGCAAACAUAGCCUGUUCCUGCAAAGGUGGAAGGAUCACGAUCGAAGAGUUUGGUAGCUUCCUGAAAUUACCCAUCAGCCCUGCUCUGCAGGAACUCUUCUCCUUGUUUGACAGGAAUGGAGAUGGCACUAUUGAUUUCAGAGAGUAUGUCAUUGGUGUCACAGUUCUGUGCCGACCGGUUAACAAUGAGGGUGUAAUUCAGACUGCUUUUAAGCUUUUUGACAUUGAUGAGGACAACUGUAUCACACAAGAGGAUUUCAGCAGUUUGCUACGUUCUGCUCUUGGGGUGUGUGAUCUGGACGUCCACAGCCUCUUCACAGAGAUUGAUGCGGAUGGAUCAGGACACAUAACCUACGAUGAGUUCCGUUCCUUUGCUCUCACCCACCCUGAGUAUGCCAAGCUCUUCACCACCUACAUCGAGUUACAGCGAUACCAGGCUCUCCAGGGGGAGGAGCCAGAAUAUAACUGCACCUCUUACGGCUGUAGUGCUUCUCAUGGAGUACAUUCUUCUCAAGAGGACAGUGCUUCUGAUAAGAAAGAUGACUGACAUAAAAUGAAGUCCAAGAGGAGUGUUCAUCUGUAAGAUUACAGUUCUGACACACCAUUAGAAAAAUGUGCCUUAAGCUUGGGUGGAGUGCUAUUUGUACAAUCAUAUGCGGUGUCAUAUACAGUUAAAAAAUCUGUGUUUUCUUUCCAUUCAGUCAUGUUUAUCAUAAAAUAUUUAAUGUUUUAUUUAAAGGCUUUUUGUAGGCUCAAACUAUGAAUAUGUAUCAACAAAAAAUCAGUCUUACGUAAAGUUUUGUUACCCAAACUUGAUUUUUAAUCUUUAAAAGAAAAACUGAUCAAAUACGUGGAUAUCUUGAACUUUGAAUGCAGGUCUCCCUAAAAGGAAAACAAACUUUUUUCCCUAAAAGUGAAUAUUUUUAAAAAGAGAUGAAAGUGUUUAAAAAGAGAUUUCUCAUACAUAAUUCUCAAACUAUUAUUUCUUUCUCUUUUUCUUACAAUGUGCUCAGGGACUUUGGUGUAGUAAGUGCAUUUGUAAUUAAAGGUUUUGCUUUGCAUCUUGUUUUUAUUUGCAUUCCAAUUGAGGGGAGAUGUUGCUGAGUUUGCGUUCUGUCCCUGCUGCUUGUUCAGACUAAUACUCUGUUGCAUCCAUUGAAAAUAGGCCAAUUUGUGAGCAAACAGGCAACACAACACACCCACAAAGGAGGCUUGGUUCCAAAUUAUCCCACUGCAGUGGUAUUUAUUUAGCCGUACAUGAUGCAAUUAUGAUUUUUGUUAACACAGCAAAGAUCGCUUCUUUUGCAAUUAAAAAAUCCUUUGAA